AUGGAAUAUCUUAAGAGUGGUCUCAAAUCAGUUCUUGGAGCUCCUUCACCAGAAAACUCUCCAUCAGGAGCAGAGACAGUAGAAAGACUAGUUGAUAGAUUAUCAUCUUCAACUUUACUUGGUGAUAGAAGGGAUGCCUGUAGAGCUUUAAAAGCACUUUCUAGAACAUAUAGGAUUGAAGUAGGUGUACAGGGUAUGGAUGCAUUAAAACAAAUUCUGUACAUAGAUAAAACUGAUUAUGAAAUUCUAGGAUUGUCUUUAGAUACACUUUGCAAUAUAACAAAUCCAGAAAUAUUUGAUGAAGAAGUUGAUAAACAAGAAUCAAAGCAUAGUAUCGGUGAACAGUUUACAGAGAUAUUUAUAAAAAAACAAGAUACCGUUAGUCAAGUAUUAAAAUUUUUAGAAGAAUUUGACUUUAGAGUUCGUUGGUCUGCUUUGAAACUCUUAUCUAAUUUGUUAUUACAUAAAUCAAAAGAUAUACAAGAAAUAAUCUUAGAAAGCCCAAUGGGAAUUUCUAAACUUAUGGAUUUACUUGGAGAUAGUAGAGAAGUGAUUCGUGGAAUAGAAGGUGGCAUUGUAGUAGAAGAUUGUUUACUUCUUAUGGUGAAUCUUCUGCGAGGAAAUUAUAGUAAUCAAUAUUUUUUUAAAGAAGGUAAUUAUAUUCAGAGAUUAACACCAAUGUUUCAGUCAUUUACAAAAGUUAAUGAAAAUAAAGUUCAUGUUUUAUGGAAUUCACAGAAAGUAUCAAAUGUACAUUGCAUGAUCCAAGUUAUACGUGCUCUUGUGGUUCCAAAUGGAUCUGCCCAGUUGGUAACUGAUUGUCAAAAAAUAAUGAAAAACUGCCACUUACUUCAAGCUCUUUGUGACAUCCUUAUGAUAAUUGGAGUUCCAACUGAUAUAUUGGCUGAAACAAUUUGUUCUGUUGCUGAAGUUAUUCGUGGUAAUGCAGGUAAUCAAGAGUUUUUAGCAUAUGUUAUGGCACCUAGUAUUCCACCAAGGUCAGCUAUAGUCGUUUUGCUUAUGUCGAUGGGCAACUACUAUGCGGAGGCUUAUUUGCAUUCGAACAACUUUCCAACUGGUUUUCAGCCGUAG